GCUGCCUGCUCCUGGGAGCUGCUGGGCUGCGCCUGAGGUGGGGGCUCUGAAGCCCAGGAGUUCCUGCCUGGCUGUACCGCAGCCUUCAUCCUUCGCCAUGCAGCACAAGGCACUGUGGAGUGCCCUGGAGUACACCUGCCGAUUGCUGGGCAUCUCCACCGCAGCAGUGCUGAUCGGUGUGGGCGUAGAAACUCUGCAGCGAGGACAGUUUAAAAGCCUGGCUUUCUAUCUGCUUUUUUCAGGGGUUGCAGUUACUGUCUGUGAAGGCUUCUUCUUUAUCAGUUUGUUCCUGGAGAUGUGCUUCACUCACAAGCCUGAAUUCCUGGCACAGGCCUUCUGGAAGCGAGCUAGAUGCCCAGGAAGCUUCCAGAAAUUCCUGGGGUACACGCUGCUCUCAGUGGCUUGCUUCCUGCAUCCUGUCCUCGUCUGGCAUGUCACCAUCCCUGGGUCCAUGCUGGUGCUCACUGCCCUGGCCUACUUCCUGCUGAGCAAGAGGAGGAAGAGCCCAGGGCACAAAGACACGCAUUCCCAGGCGGGUCAGUACGUGGACCCUUCAGCCACUGAGGCAGCCCCAACCAUCAUUGGUGACACUGAGCAGACCUACACCUUCCACGGGGCCCAGAGGGAGCAGCACCGCUCGCUUCUGGGCCAUAUGAAGAGCAUCCUGAAGGGCAGCAAGGACAGCAGCUCAGCCCCAGACACUCCUGUCCAGCCAGCAGCUGUGCCAGCGCCUCGCAAGCAAGUGCACUUUCAGGAGAAGGUGGUGCAGAUCAUCCCCUCUGUCAGCGAGGACGUGGAGGAUGUGGAGAGUGAUGCUGAGGAGACCACAUCAGACACAACACCCAUCCUCACCCCACCUGAUGCCCCUAUCAUCAUUGCCCCUCUCAGCUCUGCCGGCCUCUUUUGA